AUGAAAGGUGCAAUUGUAUUAGUUUUCAUAGUUAGUAGCUUAUCUGUGCUUGUUGUUUCACAAGAUUUUGGUAACAAUUUUGAUCCCAUGCCGGGACCCGGUGUUUUUCCAGGUCAACCAAUGCCACCGCCAAUGAGAGGACCCUUUGGUCCACCUCACCGUGGAGGACCUAGACCACCACAUCCACCACCGCCACCAUUUGACGCUAAAUUGGAUGUGAUUAUUGGUAUGUUGAUGGAGAUUCAACAAUCAGUCAACAGACUGAGUCCACCGGAACCACAACCAACAACAAUUUCACCUUCAAAUUCAACUGAUUCCAUCAAUAUUACAGCUGUUUGA